AUGCAAGACACAACAUCGAGUCAGCUUGAUGUGAUAGAAGAUGCAUCGGCAAGCUCCUCUACCCCUGUGGCUACACAACCCCCUUUGAAGCAAGCAAGGAUAGAAUCAGGGCUUAGGGUGUCACAGCAACGUGUGAACCAACUGGUGUUCAACUUUCUGGUUGAUAAUGUACAGUGCUUUUCAUUGGUGGAGCAGCAAUACUUCCGAAAAUUGAUUGAGGGAAUCAGUGGCGGGAAGAAAGUGAUGUGCCGAAAAACUCUGAUGCAGCGCAUUGACAAAGAGUUUGCUGUAAUGAAGGAAUCUGUUAUCUCCAAGCUUAUUAAUGUGGACACUGUCUGCACGACAGCAGACAUUUGGUCAGCACAAAACCGCAGUUUCUUCGGAGUCACAUGCCAUUGGAUUGACAAAGACACGCUGGAGAGACAUUCUGCAGCAUUGGCAUGUACACGUCUCAAAGGUCGACACACCUAUGAUGCAGCUGCAGCAAAACUAAACGAAAUCCAUGCAGAAUAUAGGAUUCAAAACAAAGUCAAAUCCACUGUGACUGACAAUGGAAGUAAUUUUGUAAAGGCAUUCCGUGAGUUUGGUUUAAGAGAAGAUGAGUCAGAUGAUUGCAGUGAUGAAGUGAGAUUUUUGAAUGUCGGUUGUCUUCUUCAGGAAGACGGAGAUGGAGAGCAGUUUUUUCUUCCACAGCAUCAGCGCUGUGCUGCUCAUACAUUACAUCUAAUUGCCACCAAUGAGAUUCACAAAGCAGCAUCAAAUGGGCCAUCACGUAAACUAUACAGAAGUGCCAUGGCUAAAUGCUCAUCUAUCUGGAAUAAAGUACAUAGAUCUUCAUUGGCCACAGAAGUGAUUCAGGAGAUUGCCAAUAUGCAUUUGACUGUCCCAUCAGUCACAAGAUGGAACUCAGAGUUCAGGGCUAUCACAAAACUUGCAGGGCUCCCCGAAGAAAAGCUGAGGGAGAUCUGUGAUAAGCUUGAUGUGCCAAGGCUUCAUCCACAAGAGUCUGCAUUCCUAAAAGAGUACACUGAGGUUCUGAAGCCUCUAGCUGUUGCCAUUGACAUUCUCCAGGGUGAAAGCAAAUGUUACCUAGGAUUUUUAAUCCCUACUUUGCUUAGCCUCAAGACAAAGCUAUUUGAAAAGAUGCCUCAUUUGCUUUAUAAUGCACACAUUGUCACCACUAUCAGUGAGGCCAUAGAACAGCACUUUGGAUCAGUGUUAGCCAGCCAUGAAGCAAAGAUGGCGACCACAACCCUGCCAAAGUUCCGCUUAAACUGGCUUAGCCCUGAGAAGAGAGAUGACAUGAGGAGAACCUUACUGCAGGAAGCUAUUGCUUUGGAACCACUGCACAGUCAAGCUACAGUGAGAGAUGACAACUCUGUGAAAUCUGACGAGUCAGAGGAAAACUUUUUUGUCUUUAAUAAUGCCAAAUCAUCAUCUGACAGCACAACUCAUGAUGAAGUCAAAAAGUACUUAGAAGAUUCAGAUAACAACCUGACGUCUCUUAAGGCAUUUCCCAUAGUUAAGAGGCUUUUUUAUGAAGUACAACACCACAUUGCCUUCCAGUGCUCCAGUGGAGCGUCUUUUUAG